AAAAUAGAAGUAGGUUUGUAGUAAAUUCAGAGUUAAAAGGGUAUUUAGUCCGAACUGAAAAAAAAAAAAAACGAAUCCGCAACCACCUUUAAUACAAAUACUUUUAGGUGUAUAUAUAUAUUUGGAGAUUGUUGGGUUGUAAGGGAAUUUUCAGGUUGAGGUAGUAGCUAUAGGUAGUGUGAGAAUGGCGAUGAAUUCGAACUUUUUCUUAUUAGGUAUAACAAUAUAUUGCAUGGUUUUAAAGUUUGGCUUCAUUAAAGCAGCUCCACGAGGUUCACUCAUCACCUCCAUUCCUGGUUUCUCUGCCAAUUUCCCAUCAAAACACUACUCAGGAUAUGUGAGCUUUGAUAAGAAAAAUCUGUUCUAUUACUUCGUUGUUUCUGAGAGAAAUCCAUCGAAAGAUCCGGUUGUUUUGUGGCUAAAUGGUGGACCUGGCUGCUCGAGCUUUGAUGGCUUCGUUUAUGAACAUGGACCAUUUAACUUUGAAGAAGGGAAGCCAAAAGGAAGUCUACCCAAAUUGCAUCUCAAUCCAUAUAGCUGGUCCAAGGUUUCAAAUAUUAUUUAUUUGGACUCUCCUUGUGGAGUGGGUCUCUCUUAUUCCAAUGACACAAGCAAAUACACAAAUAGUGACUUCGGAACUGCAGCUGAUAGCCAUACAUUUCUUCUUAAGUGGUUUGAAUUAUACCCAGAAUUUGUUAGCAAUCCAUUUUACAUAUCUGGAGAGUCUUAUGCUGGAGUUUAUGUGCCUAUGCUUGCUUCUCAAGUAGCCCAAGGAAUUAAAUAUGGACAAAAACCUAUUCUCAAUUUCAAGGGUUACUUGGUAGGUAAUGGAGCAACAGACAAUAAAUUUGAUGGCGCCAAUGCUCUUAUCCCUUUUGCUCAUGGGAUGGGACUUAUCUCUAAUGAUAUUUUUGAGGAAAUUCAAAAUACUUGCAAAGGAAAUUAUAUUAAUCGCACUAGUUACUGUGAUUCAAGCCUCGACAAACUAGAGAGGUGUUUAACCGGCCUGAACAUUUACGACAUUCUUGAGGCGUGCUACCAUGACCUGGGAUCGCAACAAAGCAAAACAAAUUCAAGCUUGCCGGAAAGCUUCAAGCAAUUAGGGUUUUCUGAAAAACCUCUCCAGGUUAGAAACAGAAUGUUCGGUCGCGCUUGGCCUCUUUGGAAGCUAGAAAAAGAUGGCAAAUUUCCCAUGUGGCAUGAACUUGCAUUGCAAGGCAAUGUCCCUUGCUUCAAUGAUAAAAUAGCGACUACGUGGUUAAACGAUGAAUCAGUUAGAAAAGCACUUCAUGCAGAGCCAAAAUCAAUUGCGGGACCUUGGGAGCUAUGUUCCAGCAGAAUCGCUUACGAAUUCGGAGCUGAUAGUAUGGUACCUUAUCACAAGAACUUAACAACUCAAGGAUAUCGUGCACUCAUAUACAGUGGAGACCAUGAUAUGUGUGUGCCAUUUACUGGGAGUCAAGCAUGGACUAGGUCACUUGGAUAUAAGAUAGUUGAUGAAUGGAGACCAUGGAUCUCCAUGGGUCAAGUUGCUGGGUACUUGCAAGGCUAUGACAAGAAUCUCAUAUUUCUGACCAUCAAGGGAGCAGGGCAUACGGUUCCUGAAUAUAAACCACACGAGGCUUUGGAUUUCUAUACCCGUUGGUUAGAUGGGAAAUCAAUCUAACCAAACCGAGAGCGAACAAAAUUGCUUAAUGUUUUAUUGAGUACCAACUUGAUUUUCAUCUUGUUCUGUCAGUAAAAUGGAAGAAAUAUAGUUCCAUUUAUUUAAAUACAGAAAGGAAAAGGAAAAGGAAAAGGAAAAUGAACUGUUCUUAUAAGAAAUACUAAGUGAGCAGAGCAACUAUUUUUCUCCAAAAUAACACGUUCAUCUGCCUGACAUUUUUCAGCUGUUGCACAGAAA